CUUCAGCAGCGUGUGCAUCCUCACCAGGACACCAAAACACAAAGGCUUGUUGUGCAAUUAAUAGAAGGGUUUAUUGUUGCGGUGCGCAAAUGCGCAUUAAGGGUUACGUUCUGCGUUCAUUAAGGCAUUCCUGCACGGAUUGGGGCGACAGAGAGGCUUUACAUAAUAAACUGCAUGCAUUCACGUGAAAUGCCCCUUUAAAAGCGGUCUCUCUUCGGUCACACUGAAGGGCAUCGUAAACAAGCGGACUGAGAGGAGUCUCUGACAGCUGCACUUUAGUGUGUCAAAUCGGCUUCAGGAUGGUCGCUUCUUACCCUUUACCGGAGGGCUUCUCCGAGAUCGAUGUGUUUUCUUUGGGAUCUUGUCUGCUGGUGGAGGGUCUGCUGGGCUUCUUUCUAAAUGCAGUUACAAUGGUUGCUUUCUUCAAAGUAAGAGAGCUGAGGACUCCCAGCAAUUUCCUAGUGUUCAGUUUAGCAAUGGCUGAUAUUGGCAUCUCCAUGAACGCCACGAUCGCCGCUUUCUCCAGUUUUCUGAGGUACUGGCCUUAUGGCUCUGAAGGAUGCCAGACUCAUGGUUUCCAGGGCUUCAUGACAGCUCUUGCCAGCAUCCACUUUGUAGCUGCCAUCGCCUGGGACAGAUACCACCAGUACUGCACUAGGACAAAGCUACAGUGGAGCAGUGCCAUCACCCUGGCUGUAUUUGUGUGGCUGUUCACUGCCUUCUGGGCUGCCAUGCCGCUCACUGGCUGGGGAGAGUAUGAUUAUGAGCCCCUGAGGACUUGCUGCACAUUGGACUAUAGCAAGGGAGACAGAAACUAUGUGUCCUACUUGAUCCCAAUGAGCAUCUUCAACUUGGGCAUCCAGAUGUUUGUUGUCAUGUCUUCUUACCAGUCCAUUGCACAAAAAUUCAAGAAGACAGGAAACCCCAGGUUCAACCCAAACACUCCUCUGAAGACUAUGCUGUUUUGCUGGGGCCCCUAUGGGAUCCUGGCUUUCUAUGCUGCUGUGGAGAAUGCAAACCUCGUCUCACCCAAGCUCAGGAUGAUAGCACCUAUCCUGGCCAAGACGUCUCCCACCUUCAAUGCCCUUCUGUACGCACUGGGAAAUGAGAAUUACAGAGGGGGUAUUUGGCAGUUAAUCACCGGGGAAAAGAUUGAUGUGCCUCAAACUGAGAACAAGUCCAAAUAAACUAAGCAAGCAAUAUUUACAUGCAUACUGUCCUUGUGGUUUCUCACAGGUACAUAGAAGUUUCUGUUUGCGAGUGUCUGUGCAUGUGGUGUGUCUUGAGCAGUGGUAGCCAUUGCAUUUGUUCUCUCCAUUGUGUCUGCAGUUGUAUUUCUUGAAGGACUGUCAUAUUGCAAAAGAAAAAUGUGAAGUAACUUGUACCCCCUAAUGGACUUUGGGAGAGCAGCAUUGGUUUAUUAUACCAAAAAAGUACAGCAAAAAAAUUGGGCUUGGCUACGUCUGUAACUAACUUGAUUUCUCUGGUUUUCAAUUUAAAUGUGAUUUAUUUUCAUUUUGAGUUCAUCUUAAUAAUUGCUUACCAUAAACAUAUCCAUCCAUUCAUGUUAAUCCGACUGGUUUCAAUGCAAACACUCCAACAAAGCAAGUAAUGCAUGGAGCGUCACACCAUAUUAUGCAGAUUACAGCAAAUAUUGCUAUUUAUUUUUUAAGGACUUUAUUACUGCAGCCUGGCCUCUAUUAAUCAUUUUUCAUUAUGCUUAAAGUGCAAAUGUCAUUGCAGACAGUAAUCUGAGCAUUUUCUCCUCACUAGUUGCCUAUUUUUGCCAUCUGGUUGAAGAUGAAAGGCUCUUAAAUAGAUUAAUUCAGCUAAAAAACGAGACAUCGCAGUUUGACAUUCAAAAGGCAUUUCUUAAUCCUUACCGUGCCUGUUAAUGAAAUAUGAACGUGCAUCCAGGCCACUGAUAUCCCAUCAUGUGUUGUAGGGUUGUGAGUGAUCGCUGUAUCCAGGGUAGAACUGCAUUAAUCCUCUAAAUAAGAGGACCAUUCUUGAAUUCACACCCCCCACAACAGUCCCUGCCUGUAGAUUAAGCGAACAUGCCUUUCUCCUACAGACCAGCAUCCAAAAUAAAAACGCAAGUCUGCAAUAAUAAAAUAUCAAGAACUCUGAAUUUAUCAGUGUUAUCGACACAAGCAAAUUUAUGUCUGGUUUAGAGUUAACAUUUCAUUUUAUAUAUUUGACUUUUGCAUAUCAUGAAAUUUGUUCUUACCACAAAAAAAAAAAAAAAUCAUUAUAUAAUGACUAUUUUUAAAGUAGGUUU